AUGGCGCCGCCUGGACAACUCCCUCGCGUCCGCUCGGCGGAGGCGUCAAUCGAGAAGGGCCGCGCAGCCUACGCGGACCAGCGCUUCCGCGUCGCACUCGAGCACUUCACCCUCGUCGCCGGGAACUGCCCAUGUUCGUCACCCUCGGGAGGAGGGCCCGCCGCCUCCUCUGGUGGAGGCCCAGGAAACGGCAACGGCAACAGUCCCGCGCAGCAGCGCCGCCGGCGAGAAAGGUGUACGUGCCGCGACUUUGCUGAAGCGGCGGCCCGGCACCGCCGCGAGAGGGGCAGCGUCUACGCGGAGGCCACCAAGGAGUGCAAGUGCGGCGCAGAGAAGACGUGGGGCCGGUGCCACCGCGAGGGCCACGUCCAGGCGCUCGACUACCGGGCUGCGUGCUUUGAGAAGAUGGGAAAGCUGGAUAUGGCGCGCAGGGAUGCGGAGUGGCUGUUAGAAAUUGCGCCGCGGCGUUUGGAGGGGUACAUGAGGCUGGGGAAGAUAUACAAGUUGGAGAAGAAACACGAGAUGGCGUGGGCUGCGUGGAGUGCCGGUAUCGAGGUUGGACAAAGGGAAGGCCUCACCAGAACUACCAAGUAUGAGCAACUUCGCAAGAUUCGCGAACCACUACACAAACACUUUUGUCGGAGAGACCCUAUGGAAUUACCAAUCGAGUUGAUUGAAAAGAUCUUUUCCUACUUUGAUUUUCACGAGUUAUGCCGAAUAUCGGGAGUCUGUAAACGAUGGGACCAGUUCCUUGACACCCACCCCUACAUCUGGAGACAAGUCCAUUUUCCUUCACUCAACUCGCAAAAGCCACCAAGAGUCUCCUUCCUCAAGACGUUACGGAAGCGGACCGGCGGCGGCGCCCGCAGCCUCAUCAUCCCCAACGCCCACGCCUUCCAGCUCAACGAGUCAAAAUGGCUGUCGCUCAUCCAGACGACGAAUCCGCGCAUGACCACGCGGCUCGAGAUCGGUGCCAUCAAGCGGAACCCUGAAGACGGCGACUGGGGCUACAAGCUGCCUCCUAAGCCGCUGUUCUUCGAAGGGCUCACGCACCUGGGCUUCAGCUUCCGUGUCGACAAACCGAAUUACCAAAGCAGCGGCGGCGCCCAGCCCUUUGUGAGGCAGUUUGUCGAACGUGCCCGGGAGAAUAUCGAGAGGAUAUCGCUCUUCAGCAUGCACCUAAAUGACCUAGGCUGGCCAGAGCUGCCCCGGCUCAAGGUUCUUCAGUUAACCGGUCCGCUGAGCUCGACACUAAACCAGCUGACCCCUGAGCGCCGAAUUGACCCCUUCGCCCUCGCCCGCUCAACACCAAAACUAGAGCAAAUACACCUGGACAACUUUGGCGUCUUUACCGGCCUAGAUUCACUCACCCCGCCAGAAGACUGCUGGUCCCUCUGGCCGGGCCUCCAGGUAAUCAAGCUCGGCAAAGCCUGCGGCGCCCUCUCCAUGGGCGACAAACGCCACUUUCCGCCGCUACACCCCUCCUCCUUCCGCGUCCUCGACGCCCGCGCAGCCCUCCAGUCCAACCACGGCGACUGGCUGCCUCAGCAGCUGCCCCUCGACUACUCGGGCUACGAGGCCGCCGAGUCCCUCGUCACCUACCCCAACCUCGAGCGCUUCUGGAUGCCGAAACUGCCGCUGAGCGUCGACCUCGCCACCGAACCGGGCCAGUUCUUCCCCGGCGCGCUCGACUGGUUACGCGGCAGCGCCUCCGUCCGCACAUUUGGCUUCUUCAAUUUCGAUUUCGAGUCGCACGAGAACCUGACGCGGGACCCGGCGCAGAGGGGCCUCGGCAUCGACUCGGUCGAUCUCCUCUUUGGGUUCCUCCAGUCGUUUCCGAACCUCGAGGUCCUCGAGCUGCACUCGGACCUGUGCGACCCGCUGCGCCUGGGGGCCAUCAUCGAACGCGUCGCCAUACUCGGCAGGCUGAAGAAGGUGUACCAGCGCGCGCUGACGGGUGUGGCGAUGGACCAGCUGAGGACGUUUUGCGGCGCUCACGGGGUUGAGGUCGUAUAUGGUGGCUGGGAAGCCGAGUUCCCCGUGCCGCUGGAACCCUUGGCUCCCGUGGAAGCCGAGAUUAGUGAGUGA